AAAAGGAAAGAAAAGAAAAGAUACAGUUCCCCGAAGCAUGAGCGCUCAUCAGGACCAAAGGAAGAAACAACCUCGGGGGCAGGAAGUGAACUCUUCCUCUUCCCUGAAUCUCUGCGCUGGUCGGCAAGCGUGUGCGGCUAUGGCAGGUUCGAGCUUCAUUCAUUAAUUAAUUAAAUCCACUCUGGUUUCAUUCCUCCUUUAUUCCUGUCUUUCCGGUUCUUUCACCUUUCUCUCUCCAGUUCUUCCAACUUUGCUGUAGAGAUUCCACAAGUGUAAAAAUAUACAUAAUCCCAACUAUAUCAUCAUGCUUUGGGGAUCCCAAUCCAAGCAAGAGGACUCGCCGGAGAAGCCCAUUCCCCGAGAAAAAUUGCCUCCGCAACUGCAGCAACUCGUGGAUCAUGACGAAGCGUUCUAUGAUGAUAUCUACUCCUCCUACUCCGUAGAUUCCACCGACACUCCCUACCGAUAUGCUGGAUACGCCAAUCGACUCCGCACCGUGUUACUCUCCGCGCAUCGUUAUGUCGCCUAUACUUCCGACAUAGGCGAAUCGUUCCGACCUGUCGCUCAUCCGUAUCUAGUGCGCUCCGCUUACGCCAUCUCCUGGUCGUACCUGAUCGGCGAUGUCGCCCAUGAAGGCUACAAGGCCUAUCUGCGCAAUCGGCGCGUACUCGCCCCGCCUGGCGAGGCCUACAAGGACGCCAAGGAUCUCACCCAGGAUCAAGUCAUCAAGGGCAUGGCCACCGGCAAUGUCGGCGGUUCGUUACGCUCCCCCACGGGGGAAUCGGAUUCCCUGGAGCCCUGGCCCACUACCCAAAUUCCGCUCAUCGAGGAUUACCGCACGGUUAUGGCCAAGCGGGCCGUAUUCCAGAGUAUCGCCAGUAUGGGACUCCCCGCUUUGACCAUUCAUUCUGUGGUGAAAUACUCUGGACGCGCUUUGAAGAAUACCAAGAGUGUGUGGUUCCGCACUUGGGCGCCUAUCGGACUGGGUCUCUCCGUCGUCCCCUUCCUCCCUUACAUUUUCGACGAACCCGUCGACGAGGCCGUCGAAUGGUCCUUCCGCACCGCCAUCUGCGCCUAUGCUGGCGAAGACGCCAUUCGCUCGCUGCCCAAGACCGCCGACACAGACGCUAACGCCAACACCGCAGCCCUCACCACCCACUCCUGGGAGGAAUACAAGGAAGAACGCCGUCGGGCGAAAGAAGAGCGGAAGAAGGAGCUCGAGGAACGCGGACAGAAAGGACCGUUUGCCUUACUAGGGUUGGGAGGCAAUGAGGACUCGAAGAAGAAGACGGAGUAAUAAUCAUAAUCAUAAUGUAUCUUUUGCUUGUUUCAUCUUUGCAUGGGAGCGUGGCUGGUGCCUCUUUUCUUUCGUGCUUUGCGUUUCUUUUCAUGUUGUUCUUUCACCUUCCAUGUACAUAUAUAUACAUAUCUUAAGCGUUGUCUGGAUCAACUACUCUCCCGGAUAGCAUUUCGUCGAUGACAUGCUCUGGUCCAUCAGUCUUGUGAUGACCCCUCUCCAUAUACAUAGACUCGUGGGUCGGCUAGAUGGAUGCUACAUCGAUCCUAC